AUGAAGCCUUUUUUGUGUUUAUUGUUCGUGGCGGUUUGCUCAGCACUCGCGGGGCCGAUCGAGCUAAUCGAUGGAAAGUAUCCGCGUUUUUUCGACUUCGAAGAUGAGGAAGGCAACAUCCAUAAGGUGGACCUCCUAGAACCAGUCGAUGUGGAACUGUUGGAAGAAAUCCAGCGGAAUCCAGCGAACAACGAUUACCAUCUUUUCACUAGACGCAACCCUACUUCACAUCAGACUCUCAGAAUGAACAACCCGGGCAGUAUAACUUCAUCGCAUUUCAACCCUAGAAAUCCCACUAUUGUUAUAUCUCACGGAUGGCUCAGCAACAUGAAGACUAACCUAAAUCCUGUUAUUAGAGACGCAUAUCUUAGGCUAAAGGAGACUAACGUUAUUGUUUUGGACUGGAUGAGGCUGGCUAUAGCUCCUUAUCCUACUGCAGUUAGAGGAGUUCCAGAUAUCGGCCGUGGUCUUGGGCAGUUCCUUAACUUCCUCCACAGGACUACGGGUGCACCCUUCAAUACGAUGCAUCUAAUUGGCUUCAGUUUAGGAGGCCAUGUUGUUGGAAACGCUGGUAGAUAUUUAGGUGGAAGGGUUGCGCGUAUUACCAGCUUAGAUCCCGCUGGUCCACUAUGGAGUGAUAACCACCACCGGGUUCGGCGUACAGACGGUGUAUACGUCGAAGCUAUUCAUACCGAUGGAGGUCUAACUGGUCUUGGCAUUGGCACCCCCGUUGCUGACGUGGACUUCUUCCCCAACGGUGGCAAAAACCAACCUGGUUGUUACACUGAUCUGGCAUAUUCCGUGUAA